UUUGGUUGCAUUCAGCGGUCGAAACCACACCUGUCGAUCCAAGACGCCUGUCGAUCCAAGCGGAGCUCGAAGGCAAGAGGCGAGUUGCGAUUGAGUUGGAGGAGCCGAGCCGGAUCAAGCGCCUGGACUCGUCAUCUCAUGAGCGGUUGUCCGCACAUUCUCAGUGCAUGUUUCGAAGCUUGUCCAAGAAGCGACACAGCAGUGUAAGACUAGCUUGACGCUUGGAGUUGGGCAACAGUGGGACUUUAGAACGCGGGGCAUAGUCCAAGCUGAUGUCAUUUAGUGCGCGCAGCGGAGCAAGUGACUUUGGACGAAUUCGAGUUCCGUGUCUCCUGUCACAGAAUGUAGAGCCACACACAUGACUGUGACUGGACGCGAAAUGAUUGAAUCAUUGCGGUACCGUCACUGUCUCAUUAUCUACAUUUUGCUCCAUCCUACUCGGCAACAGCACACAUGAAUGCAUUCGAUCCCUUUUC